AUGAUGGAGCAACUUCAAAGUAUGGGCUUCCCUGAAGAAAUGGCUGCUCAAGCUUUGGCGGCCAACGGCGGUGAUCUCAUCAAAGCCACCGAUUGGCUUCUUACUCAAGACAAACCCAUUUCUACUCCUCACUCAAACCUCCCUCAUAUCGCCCAUGCCCAACCCAAAAUCAACCGUUUCUUCCAUUUUCAAUCCAAACCCCCCUCCUCCAUCAAAGAUUUGAACAAUACUCACCAAGAAGAAGAAGAAGAUGAUGGACAGUCACAGUCCUUAAUUCCAAGGAAAAAGCGCCAAAAAUAUGAAGAGAAGAUUUCCAAUUCUUCACCGGAAGUGGCAGCGCCACCACCAAAUGUUCCGUUGUCGGAGAGAAUGAGGCCACGGGUCCUCGAUGAAGUUGUUGGGCAGGAUCAUCUUCUGGUUAAAGACUCCCUCCUCCGUUCAGCCAUCGAUUGCGGUCGUCUCCCUUCCAUCGUCCUGUGGGGCCCACCCGGCACGGGUAAGACCUCUAUUGCCAAGGCCAUAGUGAAUUCCUGCACUACGGGAUCUUUCUAUCAAUUUGUCUCUUUAUCUGCCACCACUUGUGGCGUCAAGGAUGUGAGAGCUGCAGUAGAUGAUGCAAGAAAAUUGAAGCAAAAAUGUAAUAAAGGGACUCUUCUUUUUAUUGAUGAGGUUCAUAGAUUUAACAAGGCCCAACAGGAUUCAUUUCUCCCUGUGAUUGAAGAUGGAAGCAUUGUUUUCAUUGGUGCCACCACUGAGAAUCCGUCAUUUCAUUUGGUUACGCCCUUAUUGUCACGUUGCAGAGUUUUAACCCUUAAUCCAUUGAAGCCUGAUCAUGUUGUUAUACUUUUGAAGCGAGCGAUUUCCGAUAUGGAUAGAGGAGUAGUUAGGAGCCUAUACAAAGAGAUGAAAAUUCAAGUAAAUGAUAAUGCCAUUGAGUUUUUGUCAUUGCAUUGUGAUGGAGAUGCAAGAGGGGCACUAAAUGCCCUGGAAAUUUCAGCUACGACUGCAGCUGCUCGAUUAACUAUGCCAAGAACAUCAAAUGGAGAUGGUGAUUCACUUGUCGUGAUCACAUUAGAUGAUGUCAAAGAAGCAUUUCAAUGCAAGCAUUUGCUUUACGAUAGAGCAGGGGAGGAACAUUAUAAUCUCAUUAGUGCACUCCACAAGUCUAUGAGGGGAAGUGAUGCUAAUGCUGCAAUUUAUUGGCUUGCAAGGAUGUUGGAAGGAGGCGAAGAGACCCUUUAUAUUGCGCGUCGGCUAGUCAGGUUUGCUAGUGAGGAUGUAGGAUUGGCUGACCCUCAAGCUCUAACUCAGGCCGUAGCUUGUUAUCAAGCUUGUCAUUUUAUCGGGAUGCCUGAGUGCAAUGUGAUCCUUGCACAAUGCGUAGCAUACUUGGCUUUGGCUCCCAAGUCUGUUUCCGUUUAUAAAGCACUUGGGCUUGCACAGAAAGUAGUGAAAGAAUCAAUUGGACAGAAUGAGGGGGUUCCUCUUCACUUGAGGAAUGCACCAACUAAACUAAUGAAGGAUCUUGGGUAUGGAAAGGGAUAUAUUUAUCCUCCGGACAAUCCCGACUCAUCGUCACAGACGUAUUUGCCUCCUUCACUCAUCGGUUACAAGUUCCUCGACUGGCCAGAAACUGAGAGAUAG